AUGCGCCUCAUCAAGCGCCAUAUUGACAAUGACGGCAGUGGAAGUGUAACACUAUGUCCGGAAGAGCCUGAAGAUAUGUGGCAUGCUUAUAACCUCAUUCGCCCGACAGACCUCCUCACCGCAUCCGCAAUCCGACGAGUGACAACAGAGUCAUCCUCUACUGGCUCAACUUCUUCCCAACGAGUCCACACCAAUCUCACAAUUCGGGUGAAAUUCCUCGACUUCGAUCCGCAGGCUGGACAACUUCAUGUCUCGGGUCAGAUUGCGCGCGAAAACAGAUUUACCAAAAUAGGCCAAUUCCAUACACUAGACCUCGAGCUACAACGAAAUUUUACUCUCGAAAAAGAAGUCGACGGAAAUAAUGGCAGUGAGGGUUGGGACAGCGUUGCGCGUGCGCAGCUUGAAGAGGCAAUCGAUCAAACAAGAGGCACAGAAACUAUCGCGGUGGUGAUGCAGGAAGGUCUCGCUAACAUAUGCUUCAUCACACAAUACCAGACUGUCUCGAGACAAAGAGUCGAGGUGUCAGUACCGCGAAAGCGGAUGGGAGCAGGAAGAUCUGCAGACCAUGAUAAAGGGCUAACAAAAUUCUUUGGGGUGGUCUUGGAUGCAUUGAUGAGACAAAUAGAAGGCCUUUUGAAAGGCAAAGACAGCAGCACAAGAUUUCCCAUCUUACUGGCAAGCCCAGGAUUUACCGCCGCCGGAUUUCUGAAGCAUAUCAACGACACUGCUGCUUCCAAAGGCGACAAGCUUCUACUGGAUUUGGUCAAGCGGAAAGCCUUUAUCGUUAUCCACAGCAGUUCUGGCCAUCUUCAUAGUCUGAAUGAGGUCCUCCAAAGCCCCGAGGUCCUGGCGAGAUUAAAAGAUACCAAGUAUGCCAGGGAAACAGCUUUGAUGGACGAGUUCUUUGCUCUAUUGCGCAAAGACGACGGUCGAGCCUGGUAUGGGCCAAAAGAGGUAGAGGCAGCAGUGGACAAGGGAGCAAUAGGCCGAGGAGGUGGAGUCCUUCUGAUCAGCAACGCUCUGUUUCGAAGCCAGGACGUAGCGACUCGAAGAAGGUGGGUCAGACUGGUGGAUCGAGUCCGAGAAGUUCACGGUGGAGAGGUUAGAAUUCUCAGCGGGGAUCAUGAAAGUGGAAAGAGACUCGAAGGUCUGGGAGGCAUUGCCGCCAUUUUGACAUUUCCCGUCGAGGAAAUGGACUCUGAGGGGGAGGAUUCUGAUGAUGAGCCCAACAACGGCAGCGAAGAAUCUUGA